AUGGCUCGUAAAGGACAGGUUUCCAUACAGGAUAAUGUGGAGACAAAUGAAGACUUCGAAGCUUAUUUACAAUCUCAUUUCCAUCAACUGAUAUGUAUGGAAGUAUAUUCCGAGUUUUGUGGCUAUUGCCUAGCUACAGGGAAUGCGAUCAGAAAGGGGAAGUUAGAAAUAGGACAGGAUCGAAUUGCUAUGGUCAAGGCACUUGCAGAUAAUAUUGACGCACUAGUGAGGUUUAAGAACCGCAGUGAACCUGUUUUCCUUUUUAUCAUGAAAGGAAAACUAACCCGUGCUAUGUUUGGCGCAAACGGAAUAGAGCUAUGUCGGAUCAUAGAGGAAGAGUUAGGCUUGAUGCAAAGAGAGAAGGACACCGGAGUGGAGAGGCAUAAGCAAGAGAUUCACGAGAUGCUGCCGGAGGAAGCUGCGAAAAUCGAAGAAGAUUUAAAAUUAGAAGAAGAAGCGCGCGAAAAUACUGAGAGAUUGCGCGUUCUGACGUUGGCGGCGCGCAAGAAGAGAGUCUGCGAGCGACUUGCGGCUCACGUCAGACGCAUCAACUUCAUUAUGUUCUGGCCGCACUGUCACAAGGCGCACUAUGAUUUGUAUGAGAAGUGGGAUAUGAUAAACAUACAAGUCGCGGCGAAGGAAACGUUCAUAAUAACCGAGGAGGGCGCCAAGGAGGCUCUCUACAUGAGCGACGUGGAGCCCAACGAGGCCUGUCUCCACGCGCUCAUGAAUGGGGAGACCUUGGUGGUUGUGUUCAAGAUGUUUGACACCGAUAAUAGAGACUUUGUCAAACUAUUACGACACGCGCUCUACGAAGAAAUCCCGGUGCCGAAAGAGGACGUGCCACCAGAGAAGCAAGUGCCUCCAAUACCGGCGUAUGAACGUUACGCCAGUAUUAGCAAGACCGCUAGAGAAGUCCGCAGGGAGCGGUAUGAAGCUCGGAUGCAGAAAUUGCGCGAAGAAAAAGAAGAGAGGGAGCGUCUAGCGGCAGAACAGGCUCGACUUGCGAGAGAGGCUGAAGAAGAGCGGCAGAGGCUGGAGAAGCAGCGACAGGAAGAAGAGAGAAUGGCGAGGAUUCAAGCUGGGUUACCAGCGGAUCCAGAACCUGAAGAGACCGGAGAGGAAGUGGAAGGAGAGGAAACUGAGAAGGCGGAGACUGAGCAAGAAGAUAAUCCCGAGGAAGAAGAGAAAGUAGAAGAGGAAGAGGAGUUCCACUCUGACGUAUCGGUAGAAGGGGAAGAGUACAUUCCCCCAGGAGGACUGUUCGUGCCCGGACUCUACUCGCCGCCCAACGAUCUGGCCAAAGCGAAUGGUCUUGCUUAUUUCUAUCCUAAGAUUGUAUCAGAGUUAGCUACAAUCGAAUCCGAGUUCCUCCCGCCGCACGUGCUAGUGAUGUUCUCUAUCGAUAAACGCCAAGACGUUAAGGAGAUCAUGGAUCAGUAUCCAGAGGACAUCCUUAAUUAUGGGAUUUUCAUCGGUGACGACCCGUACUCCGCUGAGCACCUGGCGUUCACGAUUAAACAGUAUGACAAGAUGGAGAGGGUGAGGAAACACAAAGACCGUCUCGCCAUAAUGGUGUCCCGUAGGCGUAGUCUGGCCCUCCUGCAACUAGCUGGCCUGAACCCGUGCUAUAUAUCCUCUGACGUGACCUCUGGCGAAAAGGAGUGCCUCACUAUGUUCCCGGUGGGCUACGGGGAUGAUUACUUUGAGGAGGAAAGCGUUCAUGAGGAGGAAAUUGCCGAGGUGGUUGAAGUAACGGAACCCGUGGAACCGGCUGAACCUGAAGUCACCGAUGAAGCAAAGGGCGAUGAAGACGAAGAUGAAGACGAAGAUUAA